AUGCGGUCCUUCUCUUCUCUUUCUGCUGUAGUGCUUUUGGUGCAGCCAUUCCUCGCUGCGGCCGAGACCAAGGUGGUAACAGGGACUACCCAGUCAUGCACAUGGACUGACAAUGCCUUGUCAAAUCCUUCAUUCGACUCCGGAGUUCUUACGCCUUGGGCUGUAUACAAUGGAUAUGGGACUGCAUCGAUUGUCGCCGAUACCUCAGGCGACGGAGGCUACGUGGCAGCGAUGGUUCCCAGCUCAUCUUCAUACGCCGUCCUUUACCAGACCCUGACCGACCUGGUCGCGGGUGAUACGUACUCCUUGUCUUUCGACUACAAAAUCCAGUCCGCAACAAGGUCGGGAACAUGCAAUUUCUACUUUGCCAUCGACGGCAUUGUCGCAUCGAGCCGGAUCACUACGACCGUCAAUGGUUACAUCCAAUACGGCACUACGGAGACCGAUUGGCAGACCUUAUCGACUACCUACGUGCCCACCAGCAGCAGUCUGGACAUGUACAUCCAAGUGAUCUGCAGCUCCGGUAUUCGCGGCAUUGCAGCUCAGCCGACCAUCUACGUCGACAAUACCCAGUUCUCCAACCCCAACAAGGAGAUCGAGAUCUGCACGGAUGUGGCCUAUACCUCGACCAUCACGAUUCUUCCAACCCCAACCGUCACUCCCACGUCGACGCCUGUUGUGACUCCUUCGCAGGCCGUGACAUCCAGCGCCAGUGUUAUUCCGGCAGCAUCCUUCAGCGUCGUCGCAAGCGCGUUCUCCUCGUCCCAGCCGUCUGUACCUUCGCUAGCAUCAUCCUCCGCAGUGGUGCCGUCAUCCAUCAAUUCAAUUCCCACUGCAUCCACCCCUGCCAUUCCAUCGAGCCAUAUCGUCUCUACAUCCCAGACGCCUCAACUGUCCAGCUCACUCACUAUCCCGACUUCUUCCCCCGCCGUGCCUGCGUCCACUCUGAUUCAUUCGAGCCCUGCUGCCGCGCCAUCCUCAUCUACAAUUGUCUCAGUGGCGGGGUCAAGUUCGGUCGCUCGUUCCGCAACGCCCAGCCCCAGUGCAGUCGCAUCGUCUUCCAGUGUAUUUGAAGACGUCGUGACGGUCACAACUACCGUCUACACAACGGAGCUGAUCGUCGAGACCAAUUGCCCUGUCCUGGACUACUGA